AUGGAGAAGCAGAUGAACGUUGUGGCGAGCAGGAGGCAGCCCGGCGACUGGAGCUGCCGGUCGUGCCAGUACGUCAACUUCUGCAAGCGCGACGCGUGCCAGCGCUGCGGCGAGGCCAAGCUGGGCGUGGAGCGCACGGACUACGCCGCGCUGGGCGGCGACUGGGACGUCAAGCCCGGCGACUGGUACUGCUACCGCUGCAGCGUCAACAACUAUGCCUCCCGCGGCAGCUGCUUCAAGUGCGGCGCCGCCAAGAACGAGGCGCCGGCCGCCGUCGCGCAGGGCUGGGGGUACACCGUCGCCGGCCAGCCCGGGAUGAAGCCAGGCGACUGGAUCUGCCCAAGACUGGGUUGCCAUGUGCAGAACUAUGCCAACCGAACCGAGUGCUUCCGGUGCAGUAUGCCCAAAUCAUACUACGGUUGA